CCCGCCUUUGCGGCUCAGCCUCAACGUGACGCAUUCGUAUAAAGACGCUCAUACCCACAUCUUCUUGGACCCUGAACAAAAUCUGAUCAUAUACAAAACGAACAAAUAUGGGUCUCGCAAAUAAACUCAACGCCGCUAAAACCGGUGCUCCGGCCGCUGGUCCUCCUCCUGGCCAACAACAGCAGCCGCCGUAUGGUGCACCGCCGCAGGGACAGUACGGUGCUCCUCCCGGUCCUCCUCCUUCUCAGCAGUAUGGUGGUGGUGGCGGAGGUGCUAACAAAGUCGUUGCGGAUAAUUUGAGGCGUCUUGUUCGUGAGAAUAAGUUGGAGAUGUUUUACCCUCCUCAGCGUUUGGAGCAAGUCAUUGCCCGCGCGUCCUCGAUUCCCUACCAGCAGCUUUCCGCGAACUGGGGUAUCCCCGCUGAGAUUGCUUACGACCUCGCUGGGUUGGCGUUGUACGACGUCGUCAUCUACUGUGACGAUUCUGGCUCGAUGAGAGCUGAGGAGGGCGGUGAGCGUGUUGAUGACUUGAAGUUGAUUUUGGGAAGGGUCGCGGAUGUUACGCAGAUGUUUGAUGACGAUGGCAUCACGAUCAGGUUCAUGAACUCGAGGGAUGUGCAGGGCGACAAUGUCAAAUCGAGCGCACAAGCACAGUCUCUCGUUGACCGUGUUCGAUUCAGCGGAAUCACACCUCUCGCAACCCAACUCGACGCAAAGGUCCUCCAGCCUCUCGUUCUCGGUCCCCUCCGUUCCCGCGGCCUUCCCAAGCCCGUCCUCAUCAUCACCAUCACCGACGGUGAACCUGUUGGCGAACCCAAAGACCGCCUCAAGCAAGUCAUCCUCUCCGCUCAUCAACAAAUCGUACAAUCCGGCUUCUCCCCCGGUGCAAUCGCCUUCCAAUUCGCACAGGUCGGAAAGGAUAUGCGUGCGCAGGCUUUCUUGAGUGAGCUUGAUCGCGACCAGAGGGUUGGUUCGUUGGUUGAUGCCAUUUCGUACUAUGAGCUCGAGGCGGAGGAGAUGUCGAAGAAGGGCGUGGAGUUGACGCCGGAAUUGUGGUUGGUUAAGUUGUGCGUCGGAGGAAUUGAUUCGUCGUAUGAUGAGCAGGAUGAGUAGGUUUCAGAUUGCUGUGUUAGAGGAGUAAUCUCUUGAUCUUUUUUAUUGCCUCACUAUUCAAGAUUGUGAAAUGCACCCAGUUAGCCGGUACGCCGCCGCCCUUCCCG